AUGUUCCCAGUCAAGACCCUCCUCGCUCUCCUCUUCACCAGCUCGGUGGCCCUCGCCCUCCCCGCUGAGAUCGAAGCCCGCCAGUCGUGCGCCUACACCUGCGGCAGCGUCUGCUACUCGUCGUCCGCCGUCUCCGCCGCCGUCGACAAGGGCUCCGAGCUCGAGUCCUCCGGUGACGACGUCAACAACUACCCCCACGUCUACAACAACUACGAGGACUUCGACUUCCCCGUCGACCCUACCUACUAUGAGUUCCCGAUCUUGAGCUCCGGCAGUGUGUACAAUGGCGGUUCGCCUGGCGCGGACCGUGUCGUUUUCAACGAGGAUGGAGAGCUUGCUGGCGUUAUCACCCACACUGGCGCCAGUGGGAACAACUUUGUUUCUUGCUAG